AGGCUAUGAAAGUGUCUUUUGCGCUUCUUUGGGUUUCCAUACUGUUUUUGAAUACGAUGAGCGUGCACUCACACACACUCACUCGUCAGCACAGUAAGAAGUUUCCAAGAUGGAUGAUAGAUCCAAGAUAUUCUGAAGAAGAAGAAAAGCUUGAGAAGCAAAUCCUAGAUGGCAAGUGGGAACAUAUGCGGGAAGACUGAUGUCUCAAGUAUCUGCUA